AUUGAGCUCGGGAGGAGCGUUUCCCCCUGGCAAUCAGGGCUUGCAGGGUCCCCUCCCCGUGCGCUGCCCAGCGCCCGGUUUUGCUGACCGCGGACCAGAGGGCGUAGGCGGAGCGGGCUUGUUGGCCGCGUGCGUCAGGGCGUGAGGGGAGAGGCGGCUGCUCUUUCCCGGAGGCCUCCGGCCGCAGGGUGUAGGGUGGGCCUCCUCCCUCCCCCACUCGCGCCGUUUGCCCUUUUUAUCGCCUUGCUGCUUUCGUCCCGGUCAAUAGUUUUCUUGACUGUGUAAUGUGUGCUGGACGGUAUUCUAGGUGCUGUGGGGGGGUAACAGAGUGGAUCUGAUAAGGACCCUCGCCCAGUAUCGUAGGUGUUUUAGGCGUAGGGAAGACGAAGAGAUAUAAUGCCAGGUGGAAAGUGCUAGAAGCCUUUAGAAAGCUACCUGAUUGGUGCGAUGGCAAUUGAGGAAAAGCAAGAGUCAGUCCACCCUUCGGGCACACGACACUGUGCUGAGACUUCAGGCCCUCAAGGCAAUUUUGAAAACUCAAACUUCGUUGAGCAGUGGUGUCCAGCCUUUGAGAGGACUCCUUUAUUCUGAAAGAUGUCCACAACUGUUUUCUCGUAUCCAGUUCUCGCCCCCUGCCUAGAUACCAGACAGAGUUCUGCCAGCUGACUGCCUUUGGACUUGAACUGCAGCUCUUCCCUGGGUCUCCAGUCUGCUGCCCUAUCCUGCAGAUUUUGAACUCACCAAGCUUCCACGGUCACUGCCUACAACACUGCCACCUCACAUCCACAAGUGUUAAUACAGGUGUAAAUGUGAGGUGGGUACAGGGACCGUAAAUAGCUGACAGAUUUUAUUUGGUAUAUUUUAUCUGAAAUCUAUUUAAUAUUAAACAUCUAUGAAAUAUGAAUAAUAGCAAAAAUAGCACAUUUAUUGUACUUGGGUUUCUUUUCCUCUUGAAAUAAAUUCUCAGUUACCAUUUUAUACUUAUAUACAAGUAAAUAUUUGGUGUUUAACAUCUUGUUUCUUUUAUUAUACUUAUUUUUAAAUUACUUAUCAUAAAAUAUAAACAAAUUCUUGACUAGACUGUUAUUUUAGAUCCCUUUAUUUUGCCCUGCCCUACUAAUUGUAUAAUCUUUUACCUCAUAUUUCAAAACAUCAAAAUUCCUCCUUUCCAUCCUUCAUCAAAACCAUCUCUGGCAGAUCUGGGGAGAAAUUAAACCGGGUGUGCCCCAAACCUGCAAACAUUUUCUUACUAAUGAAAUCUGAGAACAUUGAACUUCAAAGGCACAUGUGACCACGGAGCAUCAGGGCUUUUGUUUCUGGAUAGAAUUGUGUUUUUUGAGGGGUCCUGUAGCAAAGGGCAGGGAUGCUGUGACCGAGCGAGUCUUGCUCCAGCAAUUGCAUCCCCUCUGCCUGAUUGACCAGUUUUGGAAGGAGCCUGCAGACAUGACUGUCAGUAUCUGAGGUUUCAGGUUGUGUUUUAGGGUAGGACCUCACUGCCCAGCUCCAGCCAGCUGUACCCAAAAGUAAAUGUUUGGGGGCAAUCACUUAUUCAUUGUAGUCAACAUAAAAGUAGCUGGGCAAGUGACACCUAGAAGAAAAUAAGAUGACAAAAAAAACAAUGUGCAAAGACUCAUUUCGUUACUCACGGUUUUUUGCAUUUGCGAAUGUAAGUAGUUUUUGAAGUUCUCUUGGGACUUACAUUCCUACAACAGCAUAAAGCCAAACGUGGAUUUCAAAAAAGGUCCCUAAGGGGCUUUCGUUAAGUGCAAAAUCAGUGCAGAGGUCCCUCGCUCCUCUCACGUACUCUUAUCCCAAGUGGUGGUGGCGGUGGGGAGCGCUUGGGUAGCACGCAAGCUCUUUUGUUCCUCCUCCGCAAAGUAGAGGUGGUGUGGCCCGAGGCUUUGCGGGAUAGCGUCCCCCGCGGAGUUCAAGUCUAGAUCCGCCAGCGCUGAGCCCCCGGAGGGAGGAGGGGGCGGGCUCAGGGAGUCCCUCCUUCGGGGGCGGGGCCAAGGGCUGCCCGGCCCUGCAGAGCGGAGGUCUACGGGCUCCAGUUUAGUAAAGUGCAUGCAAACCCGGCCAGAAGCCACCGCACUUAUCAGCAGAUCUCAUGAUUGUUUGGUAAAGGCUCUGCGGGUCUACAUAGGUCACCUCCCUCGGAACUCCGCGACUCCACGUCGGAGCCAGCCCUCGGCCCCCCUGCAGUCGGACGGUUACAGCCGCGGGAGACCUGGAGGCGGUGGCAGCGGCCCAGGAACUAGCAGCAGCGCCCGGGAAAGAAGCAGAAAGAGAAGAGUAUUGUCUCCUAGGAAUCCAGCCCUGGAGAAACGAGGAAAAUUCUUCCCAGGAUGGUCUCCCAUUCAGAGUUGAGGAAACUUUUCUGUUCAGCUGAUGCAGUGUGCUUUGAUGUUGACAGCACAGUCAUCAGAGAAGAAGGAAUUGAUGAGCUGGCCAAAUUCUGUGGAGUUGAGGAUGCUGUGUCAGAAAUGACACGGCGAGCCAUGGGCGGGGCAAUGCCUUUCAAGGCUGCCCUCACAGAGCGCUUAGCUCUGAUCCAGCCCUCCAGGGAACAGGUGCAAAGGCUUAUAGCAGAGCACCCACCUCACCUGACCCCCGGCAUAAGGGAGCUAGUAAGUCGCCUACAAGAGCGAAAUGUUCAGGUUUUUCUAAUAUCUGGAGGCUUUAGGAGCAUUGUGGAGCAUGUUGCUUCAAAGCUCAACAUCCCAUCAACCAAUGUAUUUGCCAACAGGCUGAAAUUCUACUUUAAUGGUGAAUAUGCAGGUUUUGAUGAGAUGCAGCCAACAGCCGAAUCUGGUGGGAAAGGAAAAGUUAUUAAACUUUUAAAGGAAAAAUUUCAUUUUAAGAAAGUAGUCAUGAUUGGAGAUGGAGCCACAGACAUGGAAGCCUGUCCUCCUGCUGAUGUUUUCAUUGGAUUUGGAGGAAAUGUGAUCAGGCAACAAGUAAAGGACAACUCGGAAUGGUACAUCACUGAUUUUGUAGAGCUUUUGGGAGAACUGGAAGAAUAAGAUCAGUUUUUAUACAGUUCAUAACAACUUCAGGUUAAUUUUUAAAAGUUAUACAGUUUGAUACUGUUUGCUUCCAAUUGCAUAUUAGGACUUAAUAUAUAAAUUUAGUACUGAUUAUCUGUACUUCCAAGUAAACUAUAGUUAGGGCUCGUAGAACAUUGUGGUUCUUUUUUUUUUUUUUUAACAGUAGCUCCGGUAUUAUUAUGACCAUUUAAUUACCUGGAGAGUUUUAUAAUUUGAAUUCUUUAUGUAUUUUCCUAGCUAUAUUUUAUUUGAAGGCUUUUGAAGGUGGAUAGUAAAUUAAACACCUUCAUUAUUGGAAAUAUGGAUUAGGCAGCUUUAAGUGAAAUUGGUUUUCCCUUUAUAUAUAAAUAAAAGUUUAUCCACAUAUGAGAA